UUCUGAACAAAAAAAUACCCUAUCCAACUCUUCUUCCACUGAAUUUCUUCUCUUGCAGGAAUUUUUUGCUAAUACCAUAGAGGAAGGAAUGGUUAAUAGAGCAAUUUCGAAAGUUGGCGGUGAAAGUAUAGAAGAAUUCAUGCACGCUCUUGAUAAUGAUGGGGUAGGUCUAUAUUUUAUCUUCGAUGCUGCAGCAGAUUACCUAGCAGAAAAAUACUCAGACCGCUCCGCUACAGAAAAAUUUCUUUACUCGAUUCUGCAGAAAGUGGCCCCAGGUACUCUAGGUCUCACACGGAAAAAUUUUAAGGAGCUUCUGCGCGACUCAGGACCACACCAAAUUCUGAAGCAUAAACUACUCAAUGAUCACCCUAUCUACAAAGAAUCUCCUAUUUACAAGAAUGCACUUCUAGAACCCAAACAAGAGGAAGAAGAUGGUUUCACUUCAGUUGUCUCUAGGAAGGACAAAAAACGCAACGCCUCUUCGAUUAAGACUGUGCAAACUAGGCAGCAGUCUAAACGGGCAUAGAAUUUUUGCUUCUCGAGACUUCUUUUGGAUCCACGGUUAUAUUUGGCGUGAAUAAGUCUCAUCCUUCUUUUUCUCACCUUAUCUUUUGUACUUUCAUUUCA